AUGUUGAGUGUGUUGUGUUUUAAGGUUUUGAGGAAAAUGCAGAGACGGCAUAGCAGCAACACUGAUAACGUUCCUCCUGAAAGAAACCGGAGCCAAACAGUCAGUUCUGAAACCAGCGUGGAUGAAAGUGGAGUUUUUGAAAGUCUGAAGGCUGAAGCUUCCUCACCACAACAGCUGUUCUCAGGCCUGGCAGGUAUCCCGUCGGGCACCAUCACAGCCACACCGUUCCAGACAGGUUUGGUUCUGGGCUCUUCAGCAGGGGGGGGGGGAGGAUCAGCCCCAAGAUAGGAAGGGACCAGUCGUACAGAAGGAGCCCCGUUUCACCACCGGCAAGCGUCCCAUCAUUUCCACCAUGGCCACCACCGGGGUGCAUCUCUACUGCACAUGGCAGGAGGAGACCGCCAUGGGCAUGCUGAGGAAGGCAGUGACGAACAGGCUGGGACUCCAGCCCCAGCUCUUUCAGAGUUAAAAGCUGUGAUUGGUUGGCUGCAGAAGGGACUUCCCUUCAUCUUGAUCCUCCUGGCUAAAGUUUGUUUCCAGCAUAAGCUUGGGAUUGCCGUGUGCAUUGGUAUGGCCAGCACAUUCGCAUAUGCCAACUCAACACUCCGAGAACAGGUUGCUCUGAAGGAGAAGAGGUCAGUGUUGGUUGUCUUCUGGAUCCUGGCCUUUCUCACCGGAAACACGCUGUACUUGCUGUACACAUUCAGCUCUCAGCAGCUGUACAACAGCCUCAUUUUUCUGAAACCCAACCUUGAGAAGCUGGACUUCUUCGACCUGAUGUGGAUUGUGGGGAUUGCAGACUUUGUGCUGAAGUACCUCACCAUCGCGUUGAAAUGCCUAAUUGUUGCCCUGCCCAAGAUCAUCCUAGCUGUCAAGUCAAAGGGAAAGUUUUAUCUGGUUAUUGAGGAGCUGAGCCAGCUGUUCCGCUCCCUUGUCCCCAUCCAGUUAUGGUAUAAAUACAUCAUGGGAGAUGAUCCAUCCAGCAGCUACUUCCUAGGUGGGAUCCUGAUCAUCCUGUAUAGCCUCUGCAAGUCUUUUGACAUCUGUGGUCGUGUGGGAAGUGUCCGGAAGGCACUGAAGGUCCUUUGCACCCCACAGACCUACGGAGUUCGUGCUACCAGCCAGCAGUGCAGCGAGGCAGGUGAUAUCUGUGCCAUCUGCCAAGCAGAGUUCAGGGAACCUUUGAUCCUUAUGUGCCAGCACGUGUUUUGUGAAGAAUGCCUCUGCCUCUGGUUUGACAGGGAGAAAACCUGUCCUCUUUGUCGUUCUGUCACAGUAGAAACCCUGCGUUGCUGGAAAGACGGCACCACCUCUGCUCACUUCCAGGUGUAUUAA